GCCGGUUUUCUUGAACGUGGAAUCUCUUUUCUUUCUCCGGUGAAAGGGAAGAUGAAGAUAUUUGUCAAAACUCUGAAGGGUGAUCGCUUCCAGAUCCAAGUCAACCCCGAGGAUUCGGUUGCGGAUGUGAAGAAGAACAUAGAGACUGUGGUGGGAGUUACUGCAUCAUAUCCUGCUGCAGAACAGAUGCUUAUUCACAAAGGAAAAGUGCUUAAAGAUGAGACAACAGUAGAGGCUAACAACGUUUCCGAGAAAAGCACUAUCUGCGUUAUGAAGAGAAAACCUGCAUCUACCGGAACGUCUCCUCCUACUGAACCUGCAUCGGCUGGUGAAUCAUCAUCAUACGUGGCAAGUGGAAGAGUUUCAGAGAGUAACACUCAGAAGAUUCUUGAGAUGGUCGGAAUAGGCUGGAACCGUGAAAUGGUUACCUCUGCACUCUAUUUGGCAUAUGAUGACAUUGAUACAGCUUUGGAAUAUCUUUACUUGGGUUUUCCGGAGCAGAGUGAAGAUCCUUACAUAACGUCUGAGGGCACACAGGAUCAAACUCAAGAACCUGAAAGUCCUGAUGAAGCAGACGAAGAACGGUUAUUUAAUUUCUUCUAUACUCCAGAGCACGAGUAUCUACGAGAUCUGGUGCAAUCAGACCCUCUUUACGUAAAGGAUUUUGUAGAGAUGCUAGAGGAACGAGAUCCGCCAUUGUUUGAGUUGAUUCAAGACAACAAGGCUCUCUUUUUACGCUUACUACUUGAAGUUGAAGGAGGAACACGUGCCAAUGACAUGGUGCAGCCUCAGGAAAUCCAAGCAGACCAGACCAACGAACCAAACAACGGAGGAGAUGGUGGCAACCAAGUGAAAGAGUCUGAAGAAACCGAAGUUAAGCAGCCUCAAGCAGACCAAACCAACAAACCAAAUAAAGGAGGAGAUGGUGACAACCUAGUGGGAGAGUCUAAAGAAACCGAAGUUGAAGUCGCUACUACCCCUGAGGAUAAUGAAUGGAUCGAACAGCUGGAAGCACUGGUAUUUGAGAGCAACAGGAACGUACAAGGGGCUGAAAACCAUCUUCUAGAUGACAACCACAAGCCUCGCGAAUAACACCAUUAAACCAAACUCUCUCUCUUUCUCUAUGAGUUUCUUUCUUGGCUUGUAAUGGUUACAUCUAUUUUUCUAUCGAGAACCAAAUGUCUUGUUUCUGUAACAUGGUUUCUUUUGCUCGAUUUGGUUAACACAGUUGGGGUGAUUCAUUGAUGUGUAUAAUACAUUUCCUUACAAUAAAUGAAUAUAUCUC